AUGGGUAAUGGUGACUAUGAUUCUUACCCUUCUGGAAUGAAUGUUGAGAGUGUUCACCGUGUGGCUAUACCACGGCCGCAACCGUUUUUCGAGUCUCUGAAAUAUUCUAUGAAAGAGACUUUAUUCCCGGAUGAUCCUUUGAGGAAGUUCAAGAAUCAACCUGCUUCAAAGAAGCUUGUGCUGGCUCUUCAACACUUUCUGCCCAUUUUGGAGUGGGGUCCAAAAUAUACUCUUCCGUUCUUGAAAUCGGAUCUGAUUGCUGGGAUCACCAUUGCUAGUUUGGCUAUUCCUCAAGGGAUUAGUUAUGCUAAGCUUGCGAAUCUUCCUCCCAUUCUUGGACUUUAUUCAAGCUUUAUACCACCGUUGAUUUAUGCCAUGAUGGGUAGCUCGAGGGAUUUGGCGGUGGGAACUGUGGCCGUUGGAUCGCUUCUGAUGGCGUCCAUGUUGAGUCGUGAAGCUAGUCCUAUCGAGAAUCCGACGCUUUAUCUCCACCUCGCUUUCACUGCUACAUUCUUUGCAGGACUUCUACAAUUAUCACUGGGCCUCUUUAGGUUAGGGUUUAUUGUGGAUUUUCUAUCACAUGCAGCGAUAGUAGGGUUCAUGGGAGGAGCAGCUACAGUAGUUUGUCUGCAACAGCUAAAAUCGAUUUUAGGACUUGAAAAAUUCACACAUAAAGCUGAUGUUGUGUCAGUUAUGAACUCUGUUUUCAGCCAAACUCACGAGUGGAGAUGGGAAAGUGCAGUGUUAGGGUGUUGUUUUAUUUUCUUCCUCCUCGUUACAAGAUACUUCAGCAAACGACAACCAAAGUUCUUUUGGGUGUCAGCCAUGGCGCCACUGACGUCGGUGAUAUUGGGAAGUAUAUUGGUUUAUGUAACUCACGCGGAGAAGCACGGCGUUCAAGUGAUAGGAAACUUGAAGAAGGGGCUAAAUCCACCUUCAGCGACAGAUUUAGUGUUUGUGUCACCUUAUCUGGGCACAGCCAUCAAAACUGGACUCAUUACUGGUAUAAUAGCUCUUGCGGAAGGAAUAGCAGUAGGAAGAAGCUUUGCAAUGUUCAAGAAUUACCACAUUGAUGGUAACAAAGAAAUGAUAGCUAUUGGUACCAUGAAUAUUUUUGGUUCACUAACCUCUUGCUACCUCACAACAGGACCGUUUUCGCGUUCGGCUGUGAAUUACAACGCUGGUUGCAAAACUGCAGCAUCAAACAUUGUAAUGUCAAUAGCUGUGAUGUUGACAUUACUAUUCCUAACACCUUUGUUCCAUUACACUCCUCUAGUGGUGUUAUCAGCCAUAAUUGUAUCUGCAAUGCUUGGACUCAUAGAUUAUCAAGCCGCAAUCCAUUUGUGGAAAAUCGAUAAAUUCGAUUUUCUAGUAUGCUUCAGUGCAUAUAUUGGAGUUGUCUUUGGCAGUGUUGAAAUUGGCUUAGUUCUUGCAGUUGCAAUAUCUGUACUUAGAGUACUUUUAUUUAUAGCAAGGCCUAGAACAUUUGUUUUAGGAAACAUUCCGAAUUCAUCGGCAUACAGAAAUGUAGAACAUUAUCCAAAUGCACAUCAUGUUCCUGGAAUACUAAUUCUUGAAAUUGACGCGCCGAUAUACUUUGCAAAUGCAAGCUAUUUAAGAGAGAGGAUCACAAGGUGGAUUGAUGAAGAGGAAGAGAAAAUCAAAGGUGCAGGAAGUACUAGUUUGCAGUAUGUUAUAGUGGAUAUGACAGCUGUUGCGAACAUUGAUACAAGUGGAAUAAGCAUGCUUGAAGAGUUCAAGAAGACGGUCGACAGAAAAGGACUACAACUUGUUUUGGUCAACCCCGGAAGCGAGGUGACGAAGAAGCUGAACAAAUCAAAGUUCCUAGAUGAAAUAGGACAUAAAUGGGUUUAUGUGACAGUUGAAGAGGCUGUUGGAGUAUGCAGCAGCUUCAUGCUUCAUACACAAAAGGCCAACCCCAUGAAAGAUGAAUCAGAAGGUUUGAAUAGUGUGUGA